UUUUUUUUUUUAAAUUUAAUUUAAUUUAAUUGCGUUGCCUCUUUUUGCUUUGUUCGCCGGCCUGGUGCUUUUUGUCGUGGCCGCUUUGCCUUCCCCUCCCGCCCUUCUCCGCGAGAGGAGUGGGGAGGGGGGGAAAAGAGGAAGAGGAGGAGUGCGAACAGAAAUGCAGCGCGGCUCGCCCUGAGCCCGGCCGCGGGAGCGGAGCGGAGCCGCGGGACGCGUCCAUGUGCGCGCAGUGCCGCGCCGCGCCUGGGAGCCACCGCGCUGGGGCCGGGGCCGGCCGCGGGCCGGGGGGGCUCUGACUCAUCCCACGGCCCCUCGCCCCAGCGGAGCGGAGCCGCGCCGCGGGGAUCCGCGGAUCCUCCGCACACCCUCCUCUGGACACAGCAGCCGCCAGCGGACCUUUGCGAGCGGGGCGGCCGCCUCCCGGAUUUACAAGGCGCGGGGCACCGCCGGCCCGGCCGGGAUUUGCGCUCUCCGGGGACGGACCCAUGGGCGGCGGGGUCCGGCGGCCAGCCAUGGUUGUUAGCCGGAGCGCCCCGCUCCGCCUGGCCGGCUGAGCCCUCCCCGCUGCCGGGACUCGGGGCCGCGGCGCGCUAAGCGGGGCGUCCCCGUCCCCCCGGGGCGCGGCGGCGGCUCGGCCCCAGCACGCUCCCCUGGACCGGAGCGGCGAGGCGAGGCGCGGGGGGCCCAUGAGCGGCGAUGGCAGCGGCUAUCGCCAGCUCGUUGAUCCGGCAGAAGCGGCAGGCGAGGGAGUCCAACAGCGACCGGGUGUCCGCCUCCAAGCGCCGCUCCAGCCCCAGCAAGGACGGGCGCUCCCUCUGCGAGAGGCACGUUCUGGGGGUCUUCAGCAAAGUGCGCUUCUGCAGCGGCAGGAAAAGGCCGGUGAGGAGGAGACCGGAACCCCAGCUGAAGGGAAUUGUGACAAGGUUAUUCAGCCAGCAGGAAUACUUCCUGCAGAUGCACCCAGAUGGUACAAUUGAUGGGACCAAGGACGAAAACAGCGACUACACCCUUUUCAACCUAAUUCCUGUGGGUCUUCGUGUGGUGGCAAUCCAAGGGGUGAAGGCAGGCCUGUACGUUGCCAUGAACGCUGAGGGCUAUCUCUACAGCUCAGAUGUUUUCACACCAGAGUGCAAAUUUAAGGAAUCUGUCUUUGAAAACUACUAUGUUAUUUAUUCUUCCACGCUGUAUCGGCAGCAAGAAUCCGGACGAGCGUGGUUCCUGGGACUCAAUAAAGAAGGUCAAAUUAUGAAGGGAAACCGGGUGAAAAAAACCAAACCCUCAUCACAUUUUGUACCCAAACCCAUUGAAGUGUGCAUGUACAGAGAGCCAUCGCUGCAUGAAAUUGGAGAAAAACAAGGACGCUCUAGAAAAAGUUCAGGGACACCAACCAUGAACGGAGGCAAAGUCGUUAACCAAGACUCGACAUAGCUGACAAACACCCUCCCUCCCUCCAGCUCCUCCCUUCCCACCCACCUUCCCACCCCACCCGGCGAACCCACACUGAGAGGACGACAGCUGAGCAAGGCAGGACCUACGGUAGUGGCUAGGAGCCCGAACUCCAGGAGCUUUCUUUGUGUAGGAUGAGGAAACUGAACCCCAGAUCUUGCCUGUUGCAACGUUUUAAAAAAACAAAAUAAAAAACACACACACACGCAAAAAAAAAAAAAAAAAAAAAAAGUGAAGAAAAAAAUGUUUUAAAUCAGGACUUCCAUUAACAUUUUCAAAGCAAACUGUUUGCUCUGUGAUCAAAGGGGGAAAAAAGAAAAAAGGUCUCAUCUCUGCAUAAUAAUAAUAAUAACAACAACUAAUAAAUACAAUAAUAAUAAAUAAAGAUGUUACCUUUAAAAAAAUAAAACAGAGCUUUUGGAAAAUCGAACUUAGCCAUAACGAUGUGUGAAAAACACAGGCUGGGACUGCGCUUUCUGCCUUAUGCUUCCACCUCACGUUCACCACUGGGUUUGCCAUCCUCUCUUCCCUGGGGAUGGAUGGGAUUUUUCACACAGCAGGAAAGGUAGGGACGGAUUAUGACUGUGUUUGCUCUGCUAUCAAUAAAAUACGGCCUGUCCGAAUUAGGAGUCUGACAGUUAUGGGCAACAAACAAGUUGCUCUGUAUUCAGCUUUUCCCAUCUAUAUUCAGACACUGCGUAGUUAUUUGUUGCCAGUGUCACUGUGUGGAUGUGUUUGACCCAAGUCUGGCAUUUUAUGCCUUUUUAUCAUAAUUAUUUAUAUUUAUAGGCUUGUUUUACUGUAUUAAUUGCCAGAGGAGUUUCAGAAAUGGGUUUUCAGGUCUUGCAGAAUGAAAUUAUGAUAUUUAUUAGGGAAGAGCGAGAAGAUGAAGGGAAGGAAGGAUGUCUGCUUGCUUUAGAAACUAAAAUGGAGGCAGCAACACUGCUAAGUCCCUGCUGUCAGCAGUGACAAGGCACUGCUGGGGGGUUGGCAGUAGUGGUUCCUUGUGAGCCUGGCUCAGGUGCCAAGAAUAAAUGCCCUUGGCUUUCCUAGAUGGGACAACACUGCCCUGGCUGGGUGCUGGGAAGGUUUUGGUGCUGAGGCCAAAACAAAGGCUUUGGUUAAAUCUGUUGGAGGGAAAAUCAAAUUCAAUAAGCAAAUACCCAAGGGCUUGAAGAGGGGUAUUGUGUUGGAAUGGCCCAUUACACAAGUGAAAACAGCCCAAAGCAUUGCUAUUAUAAGUCAGGCAGGCUUGUUUCACUUCAUAAAAUUAUGGGUACACAUAAAAAAAAUGCAGAAAAUAGCACUAUAAUUCUUGGGUCUGCUUUGUUGCCACAGCCAUUGCAUACUACAAAGCUGCUCUGGGAGAUGAUGAGCAACCCAGCUGCUGGCUGGGCGAGCAGCUGUACAGGCACCAAGAGGGCA